CCAACUCAUGUGUCAGCUUGAGUCCUCACUCCCUGCACUCCCAUUGCAUCACUGCAGCCACCAGUGCUUGUGAGUAUUAGUGUAUGUUGCUGUGUUCCCUGAUCUGGAACUGAGUUGGACUUCUAACCAUUCACUGCUAAGGCCAUAGUGCAGAGCCAGGAGAAUACCCAGGUAACCCCACAGCCAUGACGAACUCAGCGACUAACUUGCGGCUGAAGCUGCCCAUGGCCUGCAUCAUCCUGGAGGUGAUCAUCAUCAUCCUCUUUGGUACUCUGGUGCAGUACGACGAUGAGACAGACGCCAAGCUCUGGCACCAGGAAAUCGCCAAUGGCUCCUCCAACUACGACAACGACUUUUACUACCGCUACCCCAGCUUUCAGGAUGUGCACGUGAUGAUCUUCAUUGGCUUUGGUUUCCUCAUGACGUUCCUUCAACGUUACGGCUUUAGCAGUGUGGGCUUCAACUUCCUCAUCGCGGCCUUCGCUCUGCAGUGGGCCACUCUCAUGCAGGGCUUCGUCCACGGCAUGCACGGGGGCAAGAUCCARGUCGGAAUAGAGAGUAUGAUCAAUGCUGACUUCUGCACAGGCUCAGUGCUCAUCUCGUUCGGGGCGGUCCUGGGGAAGACCAGUCCAGUCCAGCUGCUGGUCAUGUCUGUGAUUGAAGUCACCCUGUUCGCAGUCAAUGAGUUCAUUGUGCUUUCUGUUCUGGGGGCCAAGGAUGCUGGUGGCUCCAUGACCAURCACACCUUUGGAGCUUACUUUGGCCUGAUGGUGGCUCGUGUUCUCUACCGCCCCAACCUGGACAAGAGCAAACACAAGAACUGCUCUGUCUACCACUCUGACCUCUUCGCCAUGAUUGGCACCAUCUACCUGUGGAUGUUCUGGCCAAGCUURAACUCUGCUGUGACGGCCCACGGAGAUGACCAACACCGCACGGCUAUGAACACCUACUAUUCCCUGGCUGCCUGCACCCUGGCCACKUACGGCCUGUCUGCCGUUGUGGCUCAUGAUGGSAAGCUCGAUAUGGUGCACAUCCAYAACGCUGCCCUUGCRGGUGGGGUUGCCGUGGGAACUGCUGGUGAAAUGAUGCUCACUCCUUUCGGCUCCAUGAUUGUGGGCUUCCUGGCUGGAACCGUCUCUGUGCUGGGCUUCAAAUUCCUCUCGCCUAUCCUGGAAGAAAAGCUGAAGAUACAGGACACGUGUGGCGUCCACAACCUGCACGGCAUGCCUGGAGUCCUGGGAGCCAUCGUUGGAGCAGUUACUGCUGCUCUGGCAACRAAGGACGUCUAUGGAGAUGGGAUGGCUGAUGUGUUCCCUGACAUCCACUCUGGUGAUGUGGAGGCCUCGUUCCAGGGCGUACGACAGGCCAUCUCCCUGGCCGUAACCCUGGGCAUCGCCCUCCUGGGUGGUCUUAUCACCGGUUUUAUUCUGAAGCUGCCAAUUUAUGGUGCUCCUCCUGACACCAUCUGCUUUGAGGAUGGCAUCUACUGGGAGCUGCCUGGUGAGGAGGGCUCACAUGAGGAGUUGACCACUGUCAGAACACCAGACGAGGCAGAAAAGCUCAACGCAUAAACACACAUACACACACACUUGAGAUCCACACAUAGUAGAUUGUACAACCAGGAUGUGGCAGCACAUGGUGCUUGUGUAUGUCUGCCAUUUUUCAAUGUGCCAAUGACCAUAUCUGAUUCACUAGUAUGGUGGUAGUGUGUGUUCAAAUACUCAAGACCAUCAGCAGAAGUGCCUUUCACUCGCAGAAGAAAACAAUCUCAAGGUAACCCAUAAUGUGUUUAUACCAGACAGAAGCAUGCUAUCCUCCAAGCAGCAUAGGCCAUGGACAGUCCAUUGCAAUAUCCCUCGUACCAGCUGCAUUAUGUUAUGGUUCUAGAUGAUGCUAUGAAGCUACAGUAUAUGACAGAGCUGUAGACUUGAAUCAUGGUCUGAGAAUUUGGAUAUGACUAGUGAAACCUGUUUGAUGAUACAAAAACAAUGGAUUAAGCAACUUUUUAAUUGAGUGUUUUUGAGAUCUUUUUGGCUUCUCCGCUCUUCUAAGAGAUGUUACAUGCACCAAUGUUAAGGGAAUUACACUUUUAGCCACUUUUAAUCAUCCGAUUGACUAAGGGAAAGACAAAUUCGCAGUAGGCCUAUGUGUUGUAAAUUCUAUAUUAAAACCAAAGAAAAUUGUA